UUCUCAGUUCCAAACAAAACUUCCCUUUAAAGCAAACACACCCAGAGAAAGAAAGAAAGAAAAGAAAGUAAAAGAAGCCAAAAUGAUUUUGUCCAAACAGCUGAUUGCAAAACCAUUACUAAGUGGAGGCCUACCUUCCAUUCCAUAAUAUUCCAAAUUGUCCCUCAAGCUUUCCACCACAGCCAAGAAAAGAAAGGCUGGAAAAAUUUGAAAAGAAUUGACAGUAAAUUGUGAAAAGCAACAAAACCAACAGAAUAAAGUCAUGGGCUUUCAAAAGUUAUAAUACAGGAGUGUGUCGAUUGAUGGGUUAUGUUUCCCACCGAUGGAGUUGAAUAACAAGAAACUGCAGACCCUCAUUGAGAGGGCAUGGGCUUUGCAUGACAGGUUGAACGAUGAAAUCGAGAACAGUAUCAGCUUCUGCAGGUUCUGUUCAGACCAUGGUCGCUAUUGUGAUGUUGGGCAGACCCCAUUUGAGGAGAGGGAGAGAUUGAUUGCCAUCAGAGAUUCAUUGAAGGAAGUUGAGAACACGCUUUUGCAUCUGCAGAAGUUGCAGUCUUGGCGGCUGGUAGAUAGACAUUCAGCUCUCACAAGUUUGGAGCAAAGCAGAUUAUUUCUCAUAAAACAAGUAACACAAUAUCAAGGAAGACCCCUGGAUGUGGUGAGAGAGUUGAACGCUUGUUUUGGCAAUGACGACAGAGCUGCGUUUGACAGGAAUGUGGAAGAACUUACUGUGAAGAAAAAUGGGGUUCAAAGCAGGAGCAGAAGAAGGCUUUCCAGUUUUCUCAUUUGUUGCAUCAGAUUUUUGUUCAACCCUUGGAAGUGGCAGAGUGCUGUUGGAAUUGCAAUAAAAUUAAUCCUGAUCUCAGCCAGCCUCUCAACCACAAUUCAAUUCUAUCAUGCCAAGCAUCAAUCUUGCAAUUCACAAAAGAAAAUUGUUUCCACUAUCAUGUAUUCAAAAGAAGCAGAAAACAUAGAUUCUUUACUAACUAUCUCAAAGAGCCCUCUGGAUGUCUUUUGUGGCAGGGGAUGAUUCUUACACCAUAAUAUAUGAAAUCACAACUCAAUUUUUUCACAAAAUGUUUCCCCCUCUUCUUCAUUGUCUCUGUACCACAUGCAUGCAUGCCAUCCACUUGACAUC